AUGCCUUCAGAAGCUGUGGAUAAGAAAAAAAUAGAUCCGAUGAAAAUAAAGUUGUCAAAAGCAGCAGAUGGCACUAUUCAACACUUUCAGGAUUUUAACAACUCUGGAAAAUUGGAAGAUAAAAAAACAGAGCAACAAUUAAAUACUCAACAAACUGCGCAACAACUAUUUGGUCAACAAUCACAAGAGGAACAAAUAAAUCAACAACAACAAUUACAACUACAACUCCAACAACUUCAACAACAACAACAUCAAGAUUUUCAACAGCAACAACAGGAUCUAAAACAAAAAAUGCAACUUUUGGAACAAAAAGAAAGAGAUUUUAAAGAGAGACAGCAGAUUUUAGUCGAGAGACAAAGAGAAAUGGAUGAUCGCGAAUCGGAUUUGAAUCAAAGAGAGAUGAAAAUAGGCGAAAAAGAAUGUGUAUUAAAUGGUAAUAUAAGAAACCUUCAGGAACAAAAUCAACAAAUUAAACAUAAACAACGACAACUUCAGGAUCAAGAACAAGAAAUUAAACAAAAACAACAAUCAAUUCAUAAGCAGCAGCAGGAAAUCGAAAAACUACAAGAACAAUUACAAGAAAGAGAAAAAGAAGUAGAUCAACAAGAACAAGACAAUUUACAAUCACACCCAAAUUACAAGGAAUUACACGAAUUAAACUUACAAAACACACACUUGCAAGAACUCGUGGAACAGCACUCCAAAUUCUUGCAAGAGUACACAAACAAACUUUCAACAUUACAAAAACAAUUACAACCACCUCAACAACAAAAAACAAAAAAAGAAAAUUAUGAAAAUCAGGAAAACGAAAUUGACCCAGAACUACUAUGUCAGAAUAAAAAAGAAAAGCAGCUUCAAAAACCGAAUCAACACAAAAAGCGAAAAUAUCAUCAGGGACAGCAGAUCCAAGGAACUUCCUUCAGCCAACAAUAUCAACCUGUUACAUUAGCUCCAUCUACAUUUCCAGCCAUAUAUCAACAGCAACUUCCUCAACAACCCUAUCUCAUCACCCAACCACAAGUCCAGACAUCUUCUACGAGCACAAAUGAUGAUAGUCAAGAGGAGAAUAUUGUUAUCACCACUGUACAGUCAGGUAGUGAGAUGAGAGUAACGAUAACUACAGCACCUAUAGUCACGUCUACAGUGUCGAAUUACCACAACAGUGGUAUCGUGGGCUUUACCGUGCGGCAGUAUUGCAACGUUGGUGCGACAAUCGCACCAACGAUUUGGACCUGCAGCCCGAUACAGUUGCAACAAGGAUGGGGUACCAGUUUACCUCAACCGGGGUUGGAAAACCGGACGAGCGAGAGAACAGGUGCAAUUCCCAAAUAUGGUGGAUUUUAA